AUGUUCGAAGUAGGAAAACUAUCAGAUGAGUCACUGGACAGUUUUCUGGUGGAACUUGAAAAGGUUCAAAGUACAGGAGAGGGUGAAGCUCAAAGAUACUUUGAUCACGCACUCACCCUGAGAAACACUAUCCUGUUUCUGAGACACAAUAAGGACCUCGUGACUCAGGUUUCGCAAGUUGAGCAACCCAGUAAUGGUUUCCCUCUGGAUUUACUACGCUGUGAAAGCUUGCUUGGCUUGGAUCCUGCCACCUGCAGUAGAGUUUUGAACAAAAACUACACACUGCUUGUCUCCAUGGCACCCCUCACCAAUGAAAUUCGACCUACCAGCAGCUGCACCCCCCAGCAUAUUGGGCCAGCUAUUCCAGAAGUUAGCUCUGUAUGGUUCAAGCUCUAUAUUUAUCACAUAACUGGACAGGGGCCUCCAUCCCUGUUAUUAUCUAAAGGCACAAGACUUCGAAAACUUCCAGAUAUAUUUCAGGUAGGUGUUCCACACUUUUCAGGGACCGAGAGUCUUCUGUAG